AAAAAAAAACAAAAACCCUAAACAACAUAAAAUCAAAACAAAACACAGCAGCUACAUACAUACAUCAGAUCAAAAAGCAAAAUGCAUCAUCAUGCUCUGUCCUCGUUUCGGAGAUAACUCAACUCGCCGGAAAAAGCUGCCGGAGUUGCUCGUCAGCCGCCAGAAACAAUAUAUCUGUGUGCUUUUUUCAGCUUUUCUGAAGAUGAAUUUGGUAUAUAUAUAUACUUAACCUAGCUGUUGAAAAUGGUGAAGACUAAGAGUAAGAAGAAAAAAAGAGCGAAAACAAGUCAUAAUAAUGAUGAUAAUAGUAAUAGUAGUGUUUAUGCUGUACUCAACUGUGAUGAUAUCAUGCACGAGAUUCUAAUUCGUGUACCACCAUCAACUAUCACCAAAUUAAUUGUUGUUUCCAAAAGAUGGCUCUUUGUUGUAUGCAGUUCUUCGUUUCGUCGUCGUUACUUGACUCAAUGGGGUCAAAAUUAUCGACAUUUAGGGUUUUUUGUAUGCAACUUUUUGUAUCUUGGAAGGCCUCGUGACGGUUACCGUCGCCCUUCUUGGGAGCCGGCUCUUCCUUUCUUGUCAACUUGUAAAGAGGGUGAUGAUUUGGUGCGUUCUGGAACCCUGAAAAAACUUGGCUACUUUAUUGAUUCUUGUAAUGGUGUUAUACUUUCUGGUGUGCACCCUAAGAUAUACUAUGUUUAUGAUACUAUGAAGAAGCAACGCUAUCAACUUCCGGAACCUCAGCAGUUUUAUAAGACUCUUUGUAUGGCGUUGAUUGUUGAGGAAUAUCUUGAGGGUGAUAUUUGCUACAAGGUGAUGCGUGCGAAAUGUGAAUCCAAACUUAAGGAACGUAACACUUUGUCGGUUGAGACUUACUCUUCGAAAACUGGGAAAUGGAAGCAAUCCACUCUGAUGUGUGCAACAUCUUUUGCGUUGCGCCCAAGGACAGUAGGUAAGGUGGUUGGUGGAGUUGUACACUGGCUUGCAAUUUGGGGAAAACUUGCUAUUUAUGAUCCGCGUCUUGGAGAUAGGAAUGUAGCUUUGGUUAAAUUACCGACGGGUGGGUUAUCACGGGAUCACGAGGAAUCUGUUCUUGGGGAAUCGUUGGAUGGGCUUUUGCAAUAUGGUCAAAGCAAUAAUUUGGGUUUGGAGAUAUGGGUUCUUGAGAAGGAGCCAGGAGUCAACACAUCCAUCUACAGCAACUGUACUCAUUUGAGUUAUAAUUGGAUUCAGAGGUGGAGAUUGAAUUUUAAAGCAAUAUGGAAACAGAUACCAACCUUUAGCUUGUAUUUUAAAGAGACCCAGAUAUUAUCAUUUCUUCCUCAGAAUUCUACUUCUGUGUUUAUUAGAGUGGGCUGGAACAUUUUCCUGUGUGAUUUGGAGACCAAGACAGCAGAAGUAGUUAAUUAUCAGGGUCGAGGAGCUUCCAUUUCAUGGGAAUCUAGCAAAGUGGUUCCUUACUUUCUGCCUGCUUGGCCACAAUCUUCAUCUGCGUCAUCACUGAAUGGAACAUGAUUUCUGUCACUUUGAAGGCUUGUCUUUUUGAUAUCUAAUGUAAUUUAUCUUUUCCAUUUUGGUUUUAAUCAGAAUAAAUAGAUGGAAGUGAAACUAAAGCUUUUAGCAUCUUUGUUCUGUUUUAAAGUGUAGCAAUCUAGCUAACCUUCAUUUUGCUUUAUAGAAUCAGUGGUGUGUAUUGUAUAUGCUGAUAGACUGCUGCUUAAUAAGUACUAAAAAAUAUUGCUCCUCCGAUCA